CCGUGGAGCGAGGCUGACGCUGGAGGAUGCUAAUUGCAAUUAUCGCUGUUAAAAGCGUGCGCGGAAAUUGCUUUGCUUGACAGCUAUCGGUGCAAUCCGGCUCGAGAGAUCCUUGGUGUGUCUGCAGCGUGCAAACGGGCUGGUAAUAGGGACUCGGGAGCACAGCAGAGUGGCCGCUAGAUAUGCAUACCCUGCUCAGAUAACCACGGAAACCACCCCACUCUUCGCUGGUAUUGACUGUUGAAGAUCGGCAGACCUUCCACUAGAGACGCAACUCACGGAAAAGACCGUUUUGACCAAGUGGAGCAUCGUCAGCCUGUGAGCUUGAGAGAGACAGCCCAGAAUAGCUAAUAGCCUGGUGGUUUGGGCACGCACCUCAGAGGGGGCAGGAGCAGAGAUUUGAACUUGGCUUUCUCACAUGCCAGCACAUCUGAAAAGCACAACCGGCACUCAGAUGGCCAGCAACAACACCGCCAGCAUAGCACAAGCCAGGAAGCUGGUAGAACAGCUGAAAAUGGAGGCCAACAUUGACAGAAUAAAGGUGUCAAAAGCAGCGGCAGACUUGAUGGCGUACUGCGAAGCCCAUGCCAAGGAAGACCCUCUACUGACCCCGGUGCCAGCUUCAGAAAACCCCUUUAGAGAGAAGAAGUUCUUCUGUGCAAUUCUGUAAGCCCUUCAUGAGCCUGACAUGCACUCGGCCCGCUCUGAACACUGAUGUAGCGUUUUUAGCAAUGUGGACGACUUUCUAGUCCACAGAAUUUAAAAAAUAACAAGGCCUGGAAGAUCCGGAGAUGUGCAUGUUUAAAGAAACUGGUCACCUUUUUGGGGAAUAAGAUCUACAUCAUGAGGCAGAAGAUCUGAGAUCUGCAGAGUCAUCGAGAUAGAAAAAUAUGUAAAGAUUAAGUGUGUGUCACUUUUCUGCUCACAAAAAAAACACAAAAAACCCUUGUUUGAUCCAUAUUUAAAAAAGACACUUGUGCUGAGCAAGGUAAAGGCUGAGGCUGUGUAUAACCUCAUUGGAAUGAUUAUCGUUGGGUUUUUCCAAAUAAUACUCUUAUUUAAGUUGAAUUGUCAAAUAUCACAACAGGCUAGAUUACUAUUAUAUUACUUAAUGUUCGGUCUUGUGCUUUUUUUUUUUUGUUUUGUAUUUUUGUUUUUGCAUUAGAGUAGCACAGAGAUGGAUGGAAUUCCUCAAAAGAUAACAAACUAAACUGGUUAGCAAGGGCUUAGUCAGUGAUACUUCACAUAUGCAGUGUGAACACUGUCUGUCUGUGUGUUUCUUGCAACCUAUUACCACGACUUCUAACACUUGUAUAUGGUAGCUUCAAUUCUGCAAGUAAAAGUAAAUCAGGUGUUGUGAUUGGUGCUUCAUAUUUUUGUGACUACUUUUAAGUAAUAGUGCAUGAAAAUAUCCCUGUGUUCAAUCCAUUUAGAAACUUCUAUUGUUUGGAGCCAUAUGCUGGUGGAAGACGCUGUAGAGGAAAAAAAAAAGAUGUUCUGACAGCAAAGAGAAAAUUACUCUAAUGCCUUAGAUGUGCCUGAAAUACCUCUCAUGUUAUGUAGGGUUGCCAGCUACUGAGAAGCCUAUUCCUGAAAUCAGAACAGUUUAUACGGGGAGUUUAGGGUCACUCAGAUCCCUGGAGGUCAUAGGGUAAAACCAGGAAGGAAAAUGAUAUACAUUUAUGUUGACCAAGUUUUCUCUGGUCCUCCCCUACCCUUCUGUGCUUCUUCUCUUUACCCAUAUUUCUUGAUUUGAAUAUCACUCGAUCUAUAUUAAUGUUUCACAGCAGCAUGUCUUCUCUGAACCAUGUCCCUUAAGCAGCGUGACAGAACCAGCACCCAGCAGGCCUGCUGCUGUACUGUGCUAAGUGGCUGAUCCAAGCACGGCUUGAUUCAGAGGGGACCUCAGAUGGAAGCCAGUGCAAGCUUGUCCACCCCUGCGCAAUUCUCUGCUUCCCCUAUACUGCCCUCGAGGGGUCUCUUUUCCCAAAUCUGUAGGCUCGAAACCCCAGUGUUUACAAAACUCCCUCUGCCAUCGAAUCUGACCAUUAUUUUCAACCCUCUCUUCCCCCACUCAUUGUUCAGAACAUGCUUUUAAUAACAGCAGGGCCAUAGCACUCUGUACCCAAACAAUGGCAACAUGUAGGUCGCAAAUGUGCAUAUGGUUAUAAUAGCAAGAGGACUCCAUACUGACGGACUAAGGGUGAUCUAUCAACCACCAAAAUUUUUGUUAAUGUGUUGGACUCCCGUUAUCCGGUCACUAACCAUCCAGCCCUUUGUGAGCUUUCACCAUGUAUUUCUUACCGCUUUAACAACCCAUCAUGAAACAAAACGAGAGUGAAAAAAAUCGGGUGCGUCUUUAAAUAGAGCACCCAAUUACAGGGUGGUAUAUUGACACGACAUACCUCGAACAGCUUAAGGUGGAAGCUUGCACCUUCCUCGCUUUGUAAGCAUCACGUUUUGAGUUGCUGUUCCAGGUGUGCCUCCAUUAAAGCCUCCAAGCUGGAUAAUGAGGCGUUAAGAAAGAUGGAGAGGUGGCUCUAAUCAAUUGGAGGAGCCCUGCUAAUCAGGGCAAAGCCAAACCAUCAGAAUGGGGUCCUGGUGGAAGCUCCCAGUGCUUUGCUUACAUGUAGCCUGAAAUUGAGAAAUUUGUUUUAUUAGCUUUAGGAAACUUGUCCUAACCAAAUGGAGAGCGAGAAGACAAGCCUAUAGGCUACAAACAUACCAAUUUGAACACUGUAAAAACCUAAUAUUUCAGGUGGAGGCUGAGGCCAUCUGAAAUGGCCCCAUAAAGAGCUCAGAGAGACAGGUUACAGUAUCAGGUACAGUAUGUGACUUCAAACAUGAAAGGCAAAGCCUACCUUGAGGAGAUUCUACUGCUGUUAAAAUUGUGUUCUGGCCUUUGGCCUGAAGCAGGACUGCUGUGAUUGCAAAGACACCAAUACGCCUCAAACCUAAACAGCAAUCAGAGAGGAGCUGUUCAUAAGAUCCCAUGCCACUGGUGCGGGGGUGAGAGCGGCUCUAGCUUUUCAUGCUAUUCUGAACCCUUGGAACACUUUUUGAUUUUUGGCUCAAAAACCCAGCAGCUAUAAAUUUAGGAUAAUUCCAGCUCCAUGGCAACCCUAUUAAUAUGACGUUCUAAAUCAGGGAUGAGUUCAAUUUUUUGUAUUUAAAAGGACAACAGAGUCUUGAGAUACCUGUCAGAAAAUCUUAUAGCCCAUAACAAAGUGGAAAUGUUUUUUGACUAACUUUUUUCUACUCUUACAUCCUUGUGUACAGACAGAAGGGUUGCUGUAGCGAAAGCCACUUAUUGUAACAGUGCAAGUAUAUGUAUAUAGAGAUCUACCCCAAAAGGUCAUCAAGUCCAGCCCCCUGCCUUCACUAGCAAGACCAAGUACUGAUUUUGCCCCAGAUCCCUAAGUGGCCCCCUCAAGGAUUGAACUCACAACCCUGGGUUUAGCAGGCCCAUGCUCAAACCACUGAGCUCUCUCUCUUUCUGAGUCUCAGCAUCUGGGAAUAUUUAUACCAUACAACCAGUAGCUAAAUGGUGUAUGACUUGCCUUGCUAGCUUUCAAAUACGAGAUCCUGUAUUUCAAUCUUUAUACUGUAUGUUUGACUAGCUUAGGUUUCAUUUGACCAAUGAGUAACUCUACAGCUGUUUUCACUUGUAUUGGUAAAAACAAUGUAAAUAUAUUGCAACUGUUCUUUUUUAAUAAGAUCUACUAUAACUGACAAUGAAGCACUGCUUAAUUAGUCAAGACCCUAAAUCUCACUAAUCCCGGAACAGUACUCAAAUCCUGGCAUGAAGUAUUGUCAUAACUUUUUAAUGACUUACAUAUUUUACAACUUAAAUUCUUUAAAAGAAUGCUACACGAAAUUUUAAAUUACACCAAAACAUUCAUUCAGUAUCUCUUUUGUUACAGCUACUACUUCUGAUUUUUUUUAAUUCUUUUUAAUUGGGGAUGCAACCAGAAAAUCUCACCCUCGUGUUUAUAUUUACACAGACCCACUUUCACUAGCAAAGUAGAAAUUUUACCUACCAAGAAAAUUUUCCCCCAUAAAAACGUAAAAUAUUUCAAUAUUGAAAAUAUAUUGAUUCUAUAUAUUCAACAUGGUAUAAAUUUGUUUGAUAUACUGAAGGUCUUUUCAAUAAAAAGAUCCUAUGUACGGGAAUGUGAUCCCGCCCCCCCAACUUUGUUCAUAGCAGUGGUGAGUUGCUACAUGUACAUUAUGUCAUAUCAGCCAAAUAGGUGGAUGCAUCUUCCUACCCAAGAAGCGAUCUGUUUUCAGGAAGAGGGUCCGUGUAAAUGUCAGUGGGUUUUUCUGUUUCGUGUUUUGUUUUUUAAACAGGGAAACUUGAAGUUGUGAUGUAGUGCACACGCUCAUCCCAUGUGGUCAAUGUAUGUGUAUGAAAUAAAACUUUGGAUUUGUUUCAAAUAUUGUCUGUUU